CAUUGUUGUGCUAUGACGUAAGGAGAGGGAAAAUGGCGGAGGUAGCAGCCGCCAAGCGGGGGCAGUGAUCAGCGCCGGGGCCCGGUACCAGGGACAGGCCAUAGGCCGGAGAAAGGCUGGGUGGGGACCGUGUCCAUGUCCAUGGCGAGAACCACCAGCCAAAUGUAUGAUGCUGUUCCCAUUCAGUCCAGUGUGGUCCUUUGCUCCUGCCCAUCUCCAUCAAUGGUGAGGAAUCAGUCUGAUUCCAGCACACGGCCUGCUAUCUCUGGUAUCACCAUGGACAGUAGUGCAGGUGAUACUGGACCAGUGGUAAGUCCUUUACCACAGCACGCAGGACAACGGCAACAACCGUCAUCGCAGUCCCAGCGGCAACAGACAGCAGGGCACACUCAACAGCCACGAAAAAAACGGCCUGAAGACUUCAAGUUUGGCAAGAUUCUCGGGGAGGGAUCAUUCUCAACAGUUGUGUUGGCACGUGAGCAAGCAACUGGCAAAGAAUAUGCAAUUAAAAUUCUGGAGAAACGUCAUAUUAUUAAGGAGAAUAAGGUACCGUACGUUACUCGAGAAAGGGAUAUCAUGUCUCGCCUGGAUCACCCCUUUUUUGUAAAACUCUACUUCACUUUUCAGGAUGAUGAAAAACUCUAUUUUGGCCUUAGUUAUGCUAAAAAUGGAGAGCUACUUAAGUACAUUCGUAAGCAAGGCUCAUUUGAUGAGAACUGUACACGAUUUUAUUCUGCUGAAAUUGUUUCAGCACUGGAAUACUUACAUGAGAUUGGGAUCAUACACAGGGACCUUAAACCAGAGAAUAUCUUGCUGAGCGAGGACAUGCACAUACGGAUUACCGAUUUUGGAACAGCAAAAGUAUUAUCUUCAGAUAGUACGCAAGCGCGAGCAAAUUCUUUUGUUGGAACAGCACAGUAUGUUUCACCAGAGCUUCUGACAGAGAAGUCAGCUUGUAAAAGUUCUGACCUCUGGGCUCUUGGCUGUAUUAUAUACCAGCUGGUAGCUGGAUUGCCACCAUUUAGGGCUGGCAAUGAAUAUCUCAUAUUCCAGAAAAUCAUUAAGCUAGAAUAUGAAUUCCCAGAAAAGUUUUUUCCAAAAGCAAAAGAUUUGGUGCAGCAACUUUUGGUGUUCGAACACACCAAGCGCUUAGGCUGUGAAGAGAUGGGAGGUUAUGGACUCCUCAAAGCCCAUUCAUUCUUCGAACCUGUUGCUUGGGAAAAUCUGCACCUUCAGAUCCCCCCAAAACUCACUGCGUAUCUCCCGGCAAUGUCUGAGGAUGAUGAAGAUUGCUAUGGCAAUUAUGAUGAUCUACUCAGCCAGUUUGGUUGCAUGCAGGUGGCUUCCUCCAGCUCCUCGCAUUCGCUGUCUACACCUGAGCCUAGCCCUCCCCAGAGGUCAGGCAGUAACAUCGAGCAGUACAUUCAUGACCUCAACGAUAAUUCAUUUGAGCUGGAUCUUCAGUUUACAGAUGAGGAUAAACGGUUGCUGCUGGAGAAACAAGCCAACAGAAAUCCCUGGCACCAAUUUGUAGAAAACAAUUUGAUCCUAAAGAUGGGCCCUGUUGACAAGAGGAAGGGUCUAUUUGCACGACGCCGACAGUUACUUCUCACCGAGGGCCCCCACCUCUAUUACGUGGAUCCUGUCAACAAAGUUCUGAAAGGGGAGAUUCCCUGGUCACAGGAACUGCGUCCAGAAGCGAAGAACUUCAAAACCUUUUUUGUUCAUACUCCAAAUCGGACAUAUUAUUUAAUGGAUCCAAGUGGAAAUGCGCACAAGUGGUGCAAAAAGAUCCAGGAAGUGUGGCGACGGCGGUACCAGAACCAACAGAAUGCUGGCAUUUAGUACAGUACAGCUGACAUGAAUGGAGAAGCUUCCCCAUACGCUGCUGGUGCUCUACAGUCAGAACUUUAGCACAGCAUAAAAAGCCACCCCACCCAUCCCUUCCCAUCUAUUUCUUUCCUUUUCACCUCUUUCCCUCUUCUUCCCCCUCCCCCACCCUUUCUCUAUCUUCUUUCCAUUCACUGUCUACUUCCUCCCAAAUUAAAAAAAAAAGCCCAUAGAUGUCCACAUAAAACCUUAUGUGGAGGUUGAGCCGGGGACUGGCUUGCUCCAACCAUUUCUCCUUCCUUCUUUCCUUUCCAUGUAAAUGGGAUUGCAGGGGUUGCUUUGCCUGCUCUUUGUGCUGCAGGCCAGUUAUAUUGCAGUUAGGAGACCCCUUGCCUCUUUGUGAAAUGUCUGCUCUCGUUCCAGGUUGCUGAAUAAUUGAUGCUUUUAGGGAAUUCAUGCAUUUAUAAACUGCAUCACCGGCAGAUUGCAAAGCUCAAUCGUGUGUGUACCCCGCAACCGCCAUUCCAAUUCAGGCAGCCCUUCAUUUACACUGGGGCCUGACCUUUGUGAUAUUACAUUUUUAUUUUUUGUUUUACUUAAAUUAUUCAAGAGCUGUGUACAUUUUCACUUCUGUUCUUGCUGUCUUCUGGCCUCUGACUCCUGCAGCAUUGCUUUCUCAUUUGUACGAAUGCCAAGGGUAUAUAGUGGUACUGAGGAGUCGAUGUGCAUAUAAACACACUUAAACACAGAAGGAAAUACUUUAUUUAUGCCUGACCUACUUUACCAGAGUGAAAUUGUAUUGAUCGAACUGUACAGCCCUAUCUUUCAAAGUUGGUUAUAGUUGGUCAAGCUACACACUCGAAACAGAAGAUGAAGUUUUGUAAUUAAUUGACCUGUUCUUAUUGAAGCAGCCCCAUGUGCUGUGAUAGAAUUCUGUACAUGUCUUGUUUUAUAUAAUUGUUUGCUCAUUUUGAUUCAUUUCUAUAGCAGGCUGCUGUUAAGUUGUUGUCCAUAAUCAUAAAGAUUGAAAUGGAUUUUUGGUCUUGGGCAGUCAGUGCAUUUCGCUUGGCUGAAGAUGUUGAUCUGAACAAGCUGGGGUUCAACACUGUGCAAAGCACUGAAUUAAUGCACGCUUAAACCAGCAAGUUAUUUUGCUGCUUUCCCUUCCCUUAAAAUGAUUGAAGUAUCUAAAAUUGUUUCAGUGAUGGUGCAAUACUCACUCGCUAAAAUUUUAUACUUGCUCCGUGCUAGAUUUCAGACAUGGAGUCAGGCUUGUACACAUCUGGAAGUGGCAUGUGCAACCAGAUGUUCACUUUGCAAGUUGCAGCGUUUUAGUUUCUGCUGUGACUGCAGUGACAGCAUAGUACAACAUAUGCCCAGGAUCUGUCUUGAGCCAAUGAUCCCUGUAUAAAGGGACAGGAUGUUGAAGGCAGCAAGGAUUUUGAGGUACUUGACUGUGCUCAAUGCUGCACACAUGUACACUUGACUGGAUUUGAAAGUACCCAGUCGGCUGUUGUGUAACUUCUGUAAAUUUUCAGUGUGUAUAAUAUAUAUAUAUAAAUAAAUAUAUAUGUGUGUGUUUGCAGGGGGAGGGUUAGAAUUACACCUGGUACUUGUGUAACUGCAGUGAGACACUUCUGGGAUUCUUUCUAUUUUUGUGCAAUCACAAGAGGAAAGAAGAAAUCCAUUUAAAGCAACAAAAGUCAUUACUGGUUGGGGCUAUCCCAAUGCUUCACCUGUGAAUAGCUGAGCCACAAAUCGAAAGACACCUGGCUUUAUCAAUAUCAAAAAGGUCAACUUAGCCUUUGCAUCUUGGGGGCAAACAGUCCAUCUUCCUACUCUUGUUUGUCAUUCAGUGAACCCCUGUGAGCAAACCUUUUGGACUCUUGGGAAUGGCGGCUCCCAUUCCUCCCCACCCAACAUGGAUUACCUGCUAGCACACCAGCUCAUCCACAGAGACUGACCACCCAGACAAGGGCUGAGAGAGUGGCUGUUGCCCAUCAAACUAAACUCUGUCAUUUUGCGUAUCUUUGGGAAGAGGACGAAGUAACUCAGCUAAUCUGCAAUGAUGAUAUCGUGUACAUGUCUUGGGGCAGUGCAAUCCUUCAAAGUUGGAGGAUUUCGCCAAACUGCCUGGUGAUUAUGUUUACUAUAACAGAAUUGUACUGUCUACAACAGAAGCUAUCCACCACAUCACAAAGCCAGACAUUAACUCAGAGUAAAGGUGAUUUACAUAAAAUUUCUGAAAUAUAAGUGACGAAACUCUUCACACAUUCUUUGUGUUUUUGUUUUCCCUCCUUGAUACGUUAUCGUCUGCAUGGCCCUUGAUCUUUGGAGGUCUCAGGUGGGGAAUUGUUGGCUUUCAUGGUGAGCUGUGGCUUCAAACCUCCUGUAUCUAGGCUAAAAGAAAGAAUUGUAGAUGCUGAAGAUCUGAAACCAAAAAAAAAUUACUGGGGAAACUCAAACUCUGAAAACAUCCAUGGAGAAAAAGCAGAGUUAAUGGUUCCAGUUCAUUCUGACGUAGACCCACUGGACUCGAAACAUUUACUGUGCUUUCUCUCCACAGAUGCUACCAAGACUUGCUGAGUUUUUGCUUCUGCACCUGGUGUUGUACCUAUCACCUGCUUGUGUUCAACAGGUUGAGCACUGCAGAAUCUAGUUUGUGGCUCUUGACUCAUUCAGGAGUUGGCUGACCUAUAAAAAGUGGUCUUCAGUCAGUCUUCCAGUGAUUGUCUAGCAAAAAUGUAACUUCUUAGAAUGGAGGGCUGGAGUCCAGCUGUGAGUUGCUUCUGCUGGAAUAGAAACCAGCUGUCACCACAAUCCAUCAUCUUGUCAUUUUCCUCUGUUUACCUAGCUUUCUCUGACCUCUAAAACCUGAUUAGUUGGAACCUCAGGAAUUUACAGCCUAUAAUGUUACAGGAUUGCCUCAUGUUCUCUGUAUCUACACCUAAUGUACCAAGCUGUCAAAAUCUUCUCCCAAGUCAAAGAGCCCCAAUUCAUUAGAAUUAUUGACUGAUCAGGAGCUAACCAAGUUUUAUUUUUAUAGAUGGUGUAUUUGGGUAGGUCCCUGAUAAACCACAAAAGCUUUAAUCAGGGUAACAUGCUUUCAAACCUGCUUGAAGCAGCAGGUGCAGCCACUGGUCCACAGGAGUUAGCAUAAUCACUCUAAGAUCUCUGUUUGUUUUGACAGAUCAAUUAUCGACAGUUUGCUUUUUACAGAUGAUAACAAUGUUCACUGUGAGAGUAUAAAAUGUACGGGUCUUUUAUUCCUCAUGUUAUUGUACAUGUGGAAGGUAACAAGAUUUCAAAAGGGUAGAAUGCAGCAAAGUAGGUAGGACAGUAAUGCAGAUUUUGCAGUUUGGUAAAGAGGGGUAGGUUCAGUACCUUGUAAGAGACCAGUUGAUAGCACAUGCAUUAGCUGCCUCAUUGACUGCACUUAUAAACAGAACUUGUUGUAAUGCUGGGGACCUGUCGGUCUUUUUGCAGGUCUUAAGUUGCCUGUGUAUACAUAUCAACCCUGUAAUGACACUUGGUGAGAAAAUGAAUGGAGAGGGGCAACAGGAGUCCAGUACCUCAUCAGUCUCCCAAAACCAUAGUGUUGAAGCACUAUGGGUUAAGCACCUUGUAUUGUUACCUGGUGCAUAGUUAUCAACCAAUGCCAAACAGAAGCAGCAGUGUUUCCUUCCCCUACGUAUACUUUUUGUGAGAGUGUAAAUUGAGGAAUUGAUUACACAUUUUGGCAUCAUAUUGAGAUGAAGUUCAUGAAUUUCAUGUUCAAAACAUCCAUUUGGCUGUUUGCUUAUGACUGUACAAUUGGUGACCGCAUCCAUGGCUUGCUGCCUUAAUCUGGGAGUCCUUUCCAAAUCUGCUCAGUGAGCAUGUUUUUUUGUGUACAAUGUGCUUUUUUUUGUGAUUUCAUUUUUGAUAUUUCAUGUUUGUAUAAAUCUGAUUCACUUAGCAUGUCUACAGAACAAUGAGAAGUGAGUAUAUUUCAAUCUUGGCACUUUACAGCUAGUGCUUUUUCAGCGAGCAAGUACAGAUUGUCUUAAUAAAAUUUGUCAUUCCUGUUCCUUUCCAGUCUGCCAAAUUUUCAAUCUUAUCAUGUAGAAUUGUAUCAUUUUCUGCAGUUCUAAUUCUGUAUCUCCUUAAAUUAAAACAGCAAACAUGUGUUUGGCACAGUUGAAAUUUCAUUGUUGUGAUGAAUGCAGUAACUCGAUUUUGGAUUAGUGUCUAAAAUGUGGAGAGAGGACUUGCAGAUAAAGAGCAUUAAGCUCAUGUACUCUGAUAUCACUCAUCAUUGCUCUCGGAAACCCUAGUUGUGAGCAAUCCAGGGGAAGGAAUUCUCUCCCUCCCAAAAAAUCCUUGCCGCUUGCACAUUUUGUCCAGGAUGGUAAUCAUUCGGCUGGUCACAUAGUGUCAAAAUCCUGUCUGGGUUAGAGACCAGUGGCACUGAUACACAAGGGCAAUGGGUAAAGUGAAGACAGUCUGAAGCAAGAAAUGCAAUAUAUUAAACCACACACUUUAUUUUGUUUUUGUUUUAUUCGUCAAAUCACUUACUGGUUAAAGCUAGCGUGUAGUUCAGUCUGUUAUUUAAAUUCUAAUAUAUGAGUUGCAUCUGGAGUUAAUUCAUGUUCAGGGGCCAUGUUGUGUAUGUAUGUGAUGUUCAGCCUUUGAAUAUGAAUAACUAUUGUAAACUAUGAUAUUUUGACUUUGUUUCCAGGCUUUUAUUAUAUAAAUUUUCUAUUUGGUCAAUGAUUUGAAUCAUAUUCUUCAUAAUUUAAUGAACGUAUAAUAUUUUCUGAAUAUUUGUGCUUUAGAUGGAGCGGAAUGAUUUGAUCUUUCACGUAAUGCUCAAUAGUUCUGUAAUUAAAGCAUGUAGGGGUUGCAGGUAUAAAAUAUCAAAUCUU